GUCAUUUUCGUGUUAAAUAGAUUUGACGAGUUAUCGAAGUUAUAAAAAAUAAAAACUUGUGAUUCUAACAAUCUUAAUUUAAACCUUAUACCAUAUUUAUAACAUUAUAUCGAUAUAUUUAUAUCUUAUUAUUUUAAGAUGACUUUCAUACCGAACUGGGAAGAAUUUGAAAAAUCUGCGGAAAUGUUAUAUUUGAGUGAUCCUUUGAACACACGUUACAGUAUUAAAUAUUCUCAUUCAAAAGGAGUAUUUUUAGUAAAAAUCACCGAUAACAAAAAGUGCCUUCAAUACAAAACAGAAGUCCAACAAGAUGUAAGAAAAAUUGAUAAGUUUAUAUCAAAUUUAAUAAGACAUAUGGCUUCAAAUGAUAACUAAUAAUGUUAAUAAAUUGUUUAUAUUAAUCA